AUCAKGCGUGGUGGAGUGACCAGGUGUUCACACAGGGUAUAAAAGGGAUGGCAGCGGUGACAGGCGGGCACUGGACAGACAAGCAGYACACACUACAMGGGCUGCACAGAGACCUCACACCUCUUGACUUUAUCGGACAAUACACACAGAACUAUGGUACUGCCAGCRGGCAUCUCAGCAGACACCUCUGCUCUUCUGACAUAGGGUAUCAGACACAGCAGCAGCUAUAGACUAGUUGUCGUAACGUUAGUGUGACUGUCAGAUACAGUGAACUMGAGAGCAGCCAUGGACACCGUCCACGCCUAUGGGGUUGGCACCACACGAUACCUCCAGACUCACUACAGGGACACGCAGAGCUGGUUYCUGUUUGUUUCCAUGGCAGCUGACCUGCGGAACACCUUCUUUGUCUUCUUUCCUGUGUGUUUCCACCUGCGGGAAUCAGUGGGGGUCAAGCUGGUCUGGGUGGCUGUGGUGGGAGACUGGCUCAACCUUAUCUUCAAAUGGAUCCUGUUUGGCGAGCGUCCCUAUUGGUGGGUUCAAGAGACUCCUUACUAUGGCAACUCAUCAGCGCCACAAAUUGAGCAGUUCCCUAUGACCUGUGAGACUAGUCCAGGAAGUCCGUCGGGUCAUGCCAUGAGUGCUGCAGGGGUUUACUACGCUAUGAUCUCAUCACUCCUCGCCAUCCUCCUCAAGGGACAUGGGUGUCACAUYAAGAACUGGUGUGUMCGCGGGACCCUGUGGGCUGUCUUCUGGUAUGUGCAGGUGUGUGUUUGCCUCUCCAGGGUUUUCAUCGCUGCCCACUUCCCUCACCAGGUUGUCGCUGGGGUCGUCACAGGCAUCCUGGUGGCGGAGACCUUUGACCGGGUCCAAUGGAUCUACAGGGCUAGCCUGAGGCGCUACAUCUACACCACCCUCUCCCUGCUCUCCUUCGCUGUGGGCCUUUACCUGGGCCUCAGGGGCCUGGGGGUGGACCUGCUCUGGACCCUGGACAAGGCCCAGCGCUGGUGCCAGCGGCCCCAAUGGGUCCACAUAGACACUACACCCUUCGCCAGUCUCCUGCGMAACACCGGCACUCUGUUAGGCCUGGGCUUGGGCUUGCACUCGCCCCUCUACGCCGAGGCCCGGAGAGUAGGCGGUGGCGCCACCUACAGGCUGGCAUGCGUGGGCGUCACACUGCUGCUGCUCCACCUACUGGACUCAUUCAGGCCACCAGCCCACACCAGGGCUCUGUUCUACCUGCUGUCCUUCUGUAAGAGUGCYACUGUGCCCCUGGCCACUGUGGGCAUAGUGCCCUACUGCGUGGCCGGGGCAGCGGGACGGAACGGAAAGAAACACCAGUUUUGAACUAAUUCAAACUUAUUGUAAUUCUGUGAGAAAUGCCCUUAAGGGACAGACAGAGGCGGACUGUCAUAGGAGAAGCAGGAAUGUUCACCCCAGUUGAAAGAGCUUGAAGGUCGGUCAGUAGACA